AUGGGAAUACUUACCACUCAAGACAAGGAGAAGAUCAAGAGAACUAUUCCCAAAGCUAGCAACAAAAUCAUUGAUGCUACAGUGGCUCGUUUGUACAUUGCUUACCCCGAUCCAACGAAGUGGGUUUACACGGGAUUAGUGGGCGCCAUUGCGCUAGUCGACGACUUGGUGGGUCACACUUUCUUCCUCAAACUUGUUGAUAUAACUGGGCACCGAGGCGUAGUAUGGGAUCAAGAGCUUUAUGUAGACUUUGAGUAUAACCAGGACCGGAAGUUCUUUCACACAUUUGAAAUUGAAGAUUGCCUUGUGGGGUUAUUGUUUGAAGAUACCAAUGACGCCUCUCAUUUUUAUAAGCGUGUUACACAUCGUCAGAAACAUGGAUCAAGUGCAACAGUAAAGAACAAAAAUGCCAUAGCUUUGAAAGAAAGGGUGGAACCAAAAGGACAAAAUGCACCUGGCCCAAGAGGUGAGUUUAUGGAUGUGAAUACUGCUCAACGACAAAGACGAGCAAAAGGGGUAUUGUAUUAUGAUGACGUUCCACCCCCGGAAUGGAAGUCACUUUAUGCAGAGUUGGAGUCUGCAGGUAUCACCGAAGACAUGAUUGUAGACAACAGACAAUUUAUUAAAGACUAUAUUGCUCAACAGGGAGGCCCCCUUGUCGGUCUAGAGCCACCAAUCCCCAGGAAAUAUCAAAGAGCCCAUGAAAGGGCCACUGGAAUUGAUAAAGGUGAAGAUGUGGCAUCAAUACCGGAAUCAAAAUCAAGUAUGAAGCACAAGAAAGCUCCUCCACCGCCGCCACUAGCACAUCAAACAUCUUCACCAUAUGAAGUCCCAUCUUCGAACCAAUCAGUCAAUUCACCAACUCCAGAAACUGAGUCGUUGUCACCCGCACCAACGCACACGUCAGAGCUUACGCCCGACCCUGCUGCGGAGCUCGCGAAACGAGCUUCUAGACUUCCUCCUGCCGCUGCCUUUGCACCCCCUUCUAGAACAACAACAACUGCUUCGAAUGAAAGGCCACUCCCCACACCGCCAUCUCAACAGCAACAAUUACAACCACAGCAUCAACCUUCGCCACCAUCACAGUAUCCAACACAACAAGAUACGCAGAGAAAGCAUGCUGUUCCCCCACCAUUGGCCAACACUGUCCAUAAGGCUCCACCCCCAUUUCAAUUUAAUCAAGCACAGCAAGCGCCUCAGAAUGGUCCACCUCCGCCGGCAAGAGGUGGCGUCCCUCCACCACCACCAGCUAGGGCCAAUGCACCACCGCCACCGCCCAGAGCUAACCAUCCGGUACAAGGCAAUGUUCCAGCCCCUCCUCCAAGAGCAUCACCUAUCGCACAAACACAGACUGGAUCACAUCUUCCUCCUCCCGCACCUCCUCCAAGGUCAUCUAGAGGUGCGGCACCGCCACCACCACCACCCCGAAGUCUGGCCGCGCAUCCAAGCAGUUCUCCACAGGUACCACCAAGAACCGCCUUCCCUCCUCCACCAGCGCAGCAGCAACAGCAACAGCAACAACAACCGAACACUGCUGCUCCACCUGCGCUCCAACCAAGGCCCAUGGCUGCGCCACCCUCGCAACAGCCGCAAACACAACCGUAUGGUCAAUCGACAGUUCCACCACCGCCACCACCUCUUCCACCAACAAUGUCGCAUGCACCUGACAAAUCCACCCCUGCACCACCAGCUCCUCCCCCUCCAAAUAUGUCGAGUGGGUCUUUUGCGGAAUCUACAGGAGACGCUGGAAGGGAUGCACUUUUAUCUUCAAUUAGAGGUGCCGGUAUUGGCUCUUUGAAAAAGACUGACAAAUCACAAUUGGAAAAGCCUAGUGUUAUACUACAAGAAGCAAGGGGUGAGCCAGUUCAGAGUAAUGAUACCUCUGGAGCUGCGGGUGGAGGAGGAAAUGCCCCUGGUGCUCCACCCGCUAGUUUGGCAGAUGCUUUAUCUCAAGCAUUGAACAAGCGUAAAGGCAAAGUUGCCCAUAGUGAUGAUGAAGAUGAUGAUGAUUGGUAA